GCGAUUGCGACGCGAGGUGUACAUGUCAAAUGAGCAAUCGACGAAAAGGACCUCGCCUGCCACGUCCCCUUUCAUCCCAUCUUUGCCGCCGUGGCUCUUCAUGUGGUCAGGCUCGCUCUGGUUGUGGCCCUCCGCACGCUCAACCCCUUCUCCCCUUUGCUUACCAGCAACCAUCACCGCACCGGCUUUGACGUCGGCACAUUCUCUUGUCACAUCAUCCACCACGCUGCUACGAUGCGGCUGCACUUUGCUCUCCUGCUGAGCAUCAUAGUGGUGAUCACCACUUGCAGCAGCGUACAGGCAUCGCUGGAAGGUUCAGAGAAGCAGCUCAAAAAGAUCUGGGCCGCUCUGGCAGACCUCACAAGAGAUGAAGGUCAAAGGUCCAUGUCAAGCUCUGAGCGCCAAAAGACCAUUCAAGACAUCCAAGCGCUCAUCGACCCCGAUGCAAAGAGCCUUCGACAGGGCGAGGAUGGCAUGCAGGCUGGCACAGCCGGCUACUCCCCCCCUAGCGGCGAGCUUGAGAAGCAGCUCGAGGCGAUCGCCAACAUCUCGGCUGUAGACUACGCGGAUGCCAUCACGAGAGAGGCCAAGGAGUACGCGGGCGCCAAAAGCGCAUUCUACCCCUUUGCACCCCCUAGCAUACCCCUUGCUGUGAAAGGACCAUAUCUCAACACCUGGCUUCCCGCUGGCUCAUGGUAUCAGACUACGCCUCCAAACGUGGUGGGAAACGGUGGUUUGCUAUUCGGUCAAGACCCUGCUUUUUGGACUUCCAGCUACGGCGCUGAUGGCCAGUUCCGCAUGGCGUGGAACGGCCUGAUCCGCAUUGACAACACAACGCACCAAUGGAUGGGGAAUGCUUUCGGUACGACUGUUGCCAAGGGCCCGAAUGCCAAGCAGCUCUCUGCUACAGUCACAGCUACGCGGUCGAUCUUUGAGUUCGAGGCAGACGGCGUCAAGUUCAAUGCUACUUUCCUGACUCCAGUCGAGCCAUUUGAUUGGGUCAGACAAAGUCUACCCCUUAGCUACUUGCACGUUGAGCUGGACAGAGCGAGUGCCAAAGGUCGAAGCGUCCAGAUCUACACAGACAUCGACGAGCGUUGGAUCACGGGCCACGACUAUGAUUACGAAAACUACCCGACCAAAAUGCGCUGGAACGGCAAUAACAAUGGGUCCUUAGCAUACUUGCUUGAAAGGACAGUCCCGGAGAAGUACACCGAAUUCCGUCAGAGGGCCGAGUGGGGCACGACAGUCUACGCUACCCGCGACCGCCCUGGAUUGACCUCACGCAACAACAACAACGUUGUGGCUCAAUUCGAAUUCUUGCAAAAAGGGCGUGUGUCCAUUGAUCACUUCCCAGUAGGCGGCCCGGACAACGCUUUCUCGUUUGCAGUCGACUUUGACAACAAAAAGGGAAGCGAUGACGCCAUUUUUGCUGUCGGUCAGUUCCGAGAUCCUCUGGUCAACUACAUCCGUGCCGGAUCAGCCCAAGGCUCCAGCUACCUCGAGGACAGGUACGGCCUAUGGCGCACGAAAUUCGACACUGUCGAUGCCGCCACAGCAUUCUUCGUACAGGACUUUGAGAAUGCUCUCAAGUCUGCCAAGAAGCUCGAUGCUCAGAUCGAUGCUGACGCUAGAGCUGCAGUUGGCGGUGGUGACAUCGGAGAGAAGUAUGCUGGAAUCGUCGCCCUCUCCGUUCGUCAGAGUCUGGCCACGAUUGAGAUUACUGUCAGCCGCGACAGCAAGACCGGCAAGUACAAUUCGACGGACACUCUUAUUUUCCUCAAAGAGAUCAGCAGCAAUGGAGACAUGAGUACGGUGGACGUCAUCUUUCCUCAAUUCCCUCUGUUGACCUACCUCAACCCGGAGCUCCUUCGAUCUCUGCUCGAGCCCAUCUUCAUCUAUACUGAGAGCGGCAUGUAUCCCAACAAGUGGUGUGUGCACGAUCUAGGUGUCUAUCCUUCAGCGUUCGGACACAACGAUGGUAACGACGAACCUAUGCAAGUGGAAGAAAGCGGAAACAUGAUCCUCAUGGCUCUGCACUAUGCUCAGCUUCAGGGCGCUAAGAAGGCGACUCCUUGGUUGAAGCAGCAUUAUUCGAUCAUGCAGCAAUGGGCGCAAUUCCUCAUCGAAGACUCUCUCAUCCCCGCUACGCAGCUCUCCACAGAUGACUUCGCAGGCGAGCUGGCCAACCAGACCAAUUUGGCACUCAAGGGCAUCUCCGGCAUUGCAGCUAUCGGAGAGGUCGCCACCUUGCUCGGCAAGCAUUCAGAUGCUAAACAAUACCAGAAUGUGUCUGCGACAUACAUUCAGUCCUUCUACGGCUUUGCCAUCUCCAAGGACGGCUCGCACACUAAGCUGGCAUACCAGGACGAUAGCAGCUGGGGCACCCUCUAUAACCUCUUUGGCGAUCGCUUGCUGAACUUGCAGCUCGUGUCGCGUGAGAUUUACGAUAUUCAAGACAGCUGGUAUACCAAAAAGGCCGCCAGGUACGCUGUGCCGUUGGACAGCCGUCAUGGCUGGGCCAAGACGGACUGGGAGCUCUUCACCUCAGCAAUCUCUGCGAGCAAUGAUACGCGCAAUCUCUUCAUCGAAAAGGUGUACGAUUUUGCAUCGAACGGCCGCACGGAUGCACCAUUCACCGACCUGAUGCACUCUAUCACGGGCGAUUUCCCAAAGGAGCCCUACGACCCUCUCAAGCUCUUCCUUGCUCGUCCGGUCGUCGGUGGUCACCUCUUCCACAUGGCGCUGGCCAAGGCUGACAAGGUGAACGGCAUCAGCGCCUCGAGCCCGUACAAGUACGGACCGCCCAUCAAGUCGAAGAAGCCACCCAGAAAAGAGCGACUGGACGAGAUCGCAGGAAUUAUUGCACGAGCCAAGCAAGGUGCUUUGGGAGGCAUCACUACGCCCUCAGGCUUCCGGCACGGCGGCAACACGCCACCGAAGGCGCAAAAGGCUGAUGCAAGCUCGAGCAAGUCUGCUGGCGCAACCUCAACGAAGCUGAAGAAGCACGUGACGCGCACAGCCCACGAAGAGAGCCACCAUACGGCUGCGUAUCAUGCUACUGACAGCACUCCUGCUCGUCACGCAGUGAUGAGGGGCGGUCAAGCAGCUUUCGGUGCCAUGCGUGCCUAGAAUGGGCAAUUGGCUGAGACUUGUUCGCACCUUCGGCACAAGCUUCUGAAGUCUUUCGAAUAUCUUGUCGUGGUGUUGACGCUGUCACGGAGCGAGGCAAUACAUGGCAUUCCUGUUCCCAAUGACACGUAGACGUUGUUUUGAUGUUUGCUGAAGAGCGCUGGGUGCAGGGACAUUCUCUUCCUUCGACUUAUGACAAAGCAGUCGCAUGGAAGCAUUGCUCCACUUCCGAGGUGGGAUCAUCACGCUGUGGUGGAAGAUGCUCGAUUCGGUCGCAAGCGUGACCGCCGCAGCGGUUCGAGACUUGCUUCAAAAGACGGCCGUGAUGUGGUUUGACCCGCAGCGAUAUAGAUCAGAAU